UAGAUUUUGUGUUCAUUUGUUUUUGCUGUAAGGCAGCUAUUAAUCUGCUUCUCCUCUUUGCUGGAUGGUGCCCUUCUUACUUAGCAAAUAGAUCUGUUUCAUUUCACUUUGGGUUUGCAUUUCCCUAAUCACUUGGGGGCGGGGAGGGAAUCUGUCGAUAGAACAGCCCAUGAAAUGGCCCAAGGUCUAGAGGCUGCAGAGAUGGAAAAAUCAGAUGGGAAAGAGUCGUUUUCUGGAAAAGAGCCCACCCAUUUCGAAGUGCUUGGGCCACCAAUGAGCUCAUGCAUAACUUGCAUUUUUGCUGAGCAGUGGAGCCUCUGAAGGGAACCAGAACUUUCGCCCUAUUUCACUGUAGUGGGUGACUUGUCCAGGAGAUUAAGAUGAAAUAAAGCAUUUCAAGGACCUUGCUGAGACUCCUUACAUAUGUGUACAUAUAUAGAAUCAACUCAGCAACAUUAACCUUGACUGGAACGUGCCCUCUACAUCCUGGCGUUUCCUCAUGAGCGCCCUUGGCCGGCUGCAGCUUCAUGCAUGGGGGCAAGUAAAUGCUUGCAAGCCAGCAAACCCAGGCUUCGCACUGGCUGCGGAGGGACCAGGCCCCUGCAUCCACAUUCUCCACCAGUAACAACUGGCCCAUAGCUCUGGCCUCUAGUCUUAUGAACCUGAGCUUAAGGUCCAACAGACGGGAGAAGCAGAUACCAUUUAUUUGACAGAAAGGCCACGCCUCAAAGUGAAAACCUUGUUUUACUUUCUAAAUGUCCCAUUUUGGUCAAGCUGCGAAUGGAGAGGGCCUCCCUGCUUGGCGUGGGGGCUGCUAAUUGCCCCUCCAUGUUCGUUUAGGUCUCUCAGACACGUGAGGCCUGCCCCGUGUGUCCAGUCCCGACCCUACAGGACUGACUUGGGAAAGUGCCCCCUCUGUCCUGGUAUCACUGCUUCCAGAUCAACCUCAGCCCCCUUACAGCCUCAAAUGGAGCUUAUGCUAUGUCCGGUGAAAUGCAGAUGUGGCGUGAAUAACCCAGAAGACCAUGGGUCCCUACGUUCCUCUUCAACACAAAACGAUGCCCCCAAGAAGACCCUUCCUCUGAAGCAGGAUUCCCUGUGCCCAUGGCACCAUGGGGUUGGGGCGGGCAUGGUCUUAUUGGCAUCAAGUAAGAGAAGUAAGAAUAGUCUCGGGAGUCAGACACACCCGUGCUCAGUCCCCGAGCUUAUGAGCUGGGCAUUGGACAAGUUAUCUCACCCCUCUGAGCCUCCUUUUUUAAUUAGAACAAUAACGCAACCCCCUUUCAAGGGAUGUUUCGAGAAUUAGAACUACUGAAUAGAAGGCUCUAGCCCGAUGCCUGAUGUGCUAAAAUUCUCAAAGGAUGCUCGCUACUAUUACUGUGGCAGUAUCCAUGGUGACAGAAGAUGACCACUUAAGUAGGCAUGGCAACUUAAGCCUGACAUGAGGCUCUAGUGUCAUCGGGUAGAGGGAGUGCCGGGACCAGAGGGCACAUUCAUGAAGAGGAGGAUCUCAGCCACCGGCAUGGACAUCCAGGACACCAAGAGCUGAAGUUGUAAUAAAUGGCUCCUCAUCACCAGCUGUUGUUGACAGAAGUAAUGAGAGCAUGAAGCACAACAUCCAGCCGGCCUCGGCCAAGUGGAGACACAACCAGACUCUCUCUCUGAGGAUCAGGAAGCAAAUCCUCAAGUUUCUGGAUGCUGAAAAGGACAUCUCUGUCCUCAAGGGGACCCUGAAGCCGGGAGACAUCAUUCACUACAUCUUUGACCGCGACAGCACCAUGAACGUGUCCCAGAACCUCUACGAGCUGCUGCCCCGGACUUCGCCGCUGAAGAACAAACACUUCGCCACCUGCGCCAUCGUGGGCAACUCUGGGGUGCUGCUCAACAGCGGCUGCGGCCGGGAGAUCGACACGCACAGCUUCGUCAUAAGGUGCAACCUGGCCCCCGUGCAGGAGUACGCCCGGGAUGUGGGGCUCAAGACAGACCUGGUGACCAUGAACCCAUCGGUCAUCCAGAGGGCCUUCGAGGACUUGGUGAACGCCACGUGGCGGGAGAAGCUGCUGCAGCGGCUACACAGCCUCAACGGCAGCAUCCUGUGGAUCCCCGCCUUCAUGGCCAGGGGCGGCAAGGAACGGGUCGAGUGGGUCAACGCGCUCAUCUUGAAGCACCACGUCAACGUGCGCACCGCCUACCCGUCUCUGCGCCUGCUGCACGCUGUCCGUGGGUACUGGCUGACCAACAAGGUCCACAUCAAAAGACCCACCACCGGCCUCUUGAUGUACACGCUGGCCACGCGCUUCUGCAACCAGAUCUACCUCUACGGCUUCUGGCCCUUCCCGCUGGAUCAGAACCAGAACCCCGUCAAGUACCACUAUUACGACAGCCUCAAGUACGGCUACACCUCCCAGGCCAGCCCGCACACCAUGCCCUUGGAGUUCAAGGCCCUCAAAAGCCUGCACGAGCAGGGGGCCUUGAAACUGACUGUGGGCCAGUGUGACGGGGCCACGUAAGGGCCCCCGGGGACUCGGUGGCUCACAUUUCCUGCCGACUACACCACAGGCAGAUGGGAGUCGGGGCGGCGCAGACUCUACAACAAGCAGGCUAGUGGUUUUUCUUUGUUCAAGUGUAAAACAGUGACCAGAAUAUAUAUAUAUCUCUACCUGCAUAUAUAUAUUGACCUGAGUAUUUAUAACUGUGUGGUGUUCAUCUAGCAUUAGGCAGAUAAGCCACAGGAAGAAGGUGUGGAGAACCCACCCACAUUGGAUGGAGACUCGGUCCAUCUUUGGGGGGGCGGGCAGAAGGACUUAAAAAGAAGCCGGUCAUGUGACUUGGGGGGACCGGCUGCCUCCCGCAUGGGGGGGGGGCCUCUGAGGGCUCGUGGUUGAAUGGAGAGCCAUGAUUGGCAGCUUCCCCGAGCCCCUGAGGUGUGUGGAUUCUGGGUGAGGCAAGACCCAGAAGGACAACUUGACCCAAGUCUCACGGAGCGAGGGAGGCUGGAGCGUCCGCCGGGCACAAGACAAGCAGCAGGGGCCACAUCUGAAGAGAAGGCCUCGGCCCACCAACUUGAGUCCACUGGCCUGGGGGGAACCUCAGUGGAGCCAGCCCUGACCAGAGGGGCCUCUGCAGUGGUGGCGCGAAGGCUCGAGACAUCCCGUGGACAGUUCAUACUCCAGCUUAACAAGAACCACCAAGGACGUGGGGUGGAAAAGGCAGAAGAUGCUAACGAGCUGGGGUACUUCAAAAUCGUGUUUUUGGAAAAUCACAACCUCCUGUUCAGGGCCAGCGCGCCACCCCACAGUAAGGCAGAAGAGCUUCCAGACCGAGGGGCCGUGGCCGGUGUGCUUUAAAUCCGCUGAGUCUACUGAGAAGGAGGGGACCUGGGGAUAUCACCCUUGGGGGCACCCUCCUUCCUGCCUUGUUACAAUGUCACAGGAGGGACUGGACUGUCCCCUUCGGCCACCAGGGACGACACAGCAAAAGCUCGAAAGGGCACCGUCAAGAUAAAUGUCAUCCUUUCUGAAACACCCGCAAUUGCCUUUCCAGGGGCCCGACAGAGAUGCAGCCCCCGGACUCCAGCUCCAUUUCUCUGCAGCCACACUCUUUGUUUGCUUCUUGCAUUGUGCUCACCAGGGGCCUCUGCGGCCAGACUCCUGUGUCACUGUCACUCUUGCGUCACUUUCCCACCAUGAGCUCCAACACUGAGGCUUUCGACUCUGCAGGGAGAGGGUCCAGUGUCCACACCCCUUCCCACAGAUGAUUUUCGAAUUUUGCAGGAUCCUUUUCUCCCCUAUUAAGAUUAAUAUUCAGUUUUUUUGUAAAUCCAAAACCAAUGUGGUAUCAAAUACUGGGCAUAAUCUCCCUCGGGAAAUCUGGGCUUGAUGCCAGUAACUCAGAGGCUGAACUCACAGGUCAUGUAGACAAGCUUUGGCCGACGUGAUGGGCUGGACGCAUCCCCUCAGCUGAGAAAUAACCAUGUUCUAAAAUGUAUUUGAAAGAUAAGGAAAAAAACAUCCUCUUAAAGGUGAUGGGAGUUAAGAAAAAUAAUCAAGAUCUGCUCCCCAGCAGAUGAGACCGGACAUAACUAAUCAACAGCAGUCGAGGACAAGACAUUGGCUCUUAAUUCAUGGUGCACGGGAGGCAAGUGGAGCUGGAGGAAGGCGGCUCAGGUCUUCAGCCCCACCCAAGUCUGGCCCUACAUCUGUUGCUUUCCUGUUGUUCUUGUUUUUACUUGAAGUCUCAGAUUUGGGGUUUGCAUUAUAAAAUGAAUAUUUAAAAAAGCAACAGCCCUAACAGCCUCUGUGGGAACUGAGUGGCUUGGAUGCCUCACGAGAAGUGGAAAUAAUUAGGAUCACAUUUUACACUUCUCCAGAGCCUUUCAUCUCAAGGAUCUCAAAGGCCCUGGAAAGACAUUUCAUUACCGAAGUUUGCCAUGCCUGGGGGACAUGCAGAAUUGCCAGCAGGGCCUGGGUGGAUUGGCCUAAGGCCUUGGGUUCCAGAAUGUUCCAGGGGUGAGUCCCGUGGGGCGUUCAACAUCAGGUCUUGGGGUUUGCCUGCGUUCUAUCUGCCAGCACCCUGCCCUAGACGGCCAGGGAAAACCUGUUUGCUUUUUGGCUCAUCUUGGUCUUGGUUCCUGAAACUGUAGUUGGUGGGAGUUGAUGUGGAGAAGCCUUUACAGCCAGUUUUCCAGUUCCUUCCAGAGAAAGGUUGGAGAGCCUGGCUCUCCACCCAUCACCAUUCCCCAGAUCUGGGGUCCAGAGCUGCCUGAAUGCAAUGACCAGUGAUGGCAGGAGCUGCAGGCACCUCAGUUUCCCCAUCUGGGCACUAACGGUCAGGAGGCAGCCUGGCUCCCCCCUCUUAGAGCUCAGUAUGAGUGGGGUCCAUUGUGGCCUCUGGCCCAGUCAGCCUGGGUGGCCCACAGAGUCCGGGCCUGUCCCCUUAGUGGCAACCUGACCCGCUGCCUGGCAAUGACUGUGUCACAGGACCCCGAGAGCAGGUGGCCCGUCAGCCCAGCCAGACCUCCAUUCGCCUCCAGCCCCUAACCGACCCCCACCAUCAACUGUCUGCUUCGUUGAAGACAUGGAACCAUCUGGAAUAAGGACUCUAGUCAAAAUCCCCUGAUCUCCUUCCUCCCAUUUCUGAGGAGGCAACGUCCAUCUUUUCACAAGUAACAUCUCCCUUAUGCCCUCAGUCCUCCUGGUCCACCAGCACACACGCCCCUGCAGCCCCUUCCCGCCCUCCCACCAGGCCUGGCCCUUGUGCUACCUGGAUCCCCCUGGUCUCCCUGCUUCGGGGACCAGCGAGUCUACAUGGCCACCUCCAGAGGCCCCUUCCCAUGCCCCAGCUGUCCACACACUUGGCUCUGCGGCCCCGUCCCCCGGCUCCCCUUGUCCCCUCUCUAUCCAGGAGUCCACGUUCUUGAGAUUUUUUUCCUCCCUUCCCAAUGCUGCUUCCUCACUUAUUUAUGUAUUUAUUUAUUUAUGUAUUUAUGAUUUAUUUAUUGACACCCCUACCUUGACCUUAAAAAGGAGCGCCUGUGACCCUUAUUUCCCUCUCUCCUGGCCUCACAAGGCGGAACUUAACUCCAUGGGUGUCCCCGCCCAACCCCCUCAUUGUGUCCCCACAGGCUCCCCCAGCUGCCUCCACCCCCUUGGGUCUCUCACACUCCCCGAGGCCCAGGCUCGGCUCCACGCUGCUCCUUGGACACGCCCGCCCCGGCAGCACCAGCAUCUCCACCGUCAAGGUUAUCACCUCCCGCCCCACCUCCUUUUUGUUUAAAGCCCUUAGAUCCUCUGGACCACCCAAUCCUGAGACCCAAAUUCAUCUCUGACCUUCACCCACGAGUCCCCUGCCAGCCUCUCUCAGAUCUCCUCUGCGUGCACUCGCCCAGGCUCCAUCCCCCCGGAACUGGCUCUGCAUGUUCUCUCCAGCCAUCCACAGCCCCUCAAAGGCGCCCCUGGCCCACAGAGGUGUCCCCAGGCCUCGCCCUGACACUCCAGCCCCACUGAGGCGCCAUUGUUCCCUCCCAUCACGCCAGGUCCGCCCGGAGCAGUGACGGCUCCUGGAAGGCAGGAUGCCGGGUUUCCCUGUCUCUGUGCCUUUGUUCUGGCCAUGCUCAUCCCCCGGAAUGUUCUCUUCUGUUUCCUUCAAGGCCACGCAGGAGCCACAUCCUCCAUGAAGCCCUCCCUGAUCGGCAGCCCCAGGGCUCCCCUCGCUGAACCACCGUAGCACUUUAUUUGUCCCUUUGUCCCGGCGCUUACCAUGUUCUGCCUUGUAGUAUAGUGAUCGUGCACUCGUCCGAUGGCUGUUCUUAGACUGUAAGCUCGCCAGGGGCAGGGACCGUGUUUUAUUCAUCUGUGUCCAUCACAGCACCAGGCUGGUGCAUAGCACACAGCAGUCGCUCAAUAAACGUUUGUUGGAUUCAAUCC